AUGAGCGUGAGUGGCAACUCUAAGAAGGGUGAUCAACAUGGAAAGUUGCCAUUCGUGAGGGACGACAGACAGAGGUUUGACUUGCAAGACUUGCUGAGAGCCUCUGCAGAGGUGUUGGGAAGUGGCAACUUUGGGUCUUCCUACAAGGCUAUGCUCACGGAUGGCCAUGCUGUGGUGAUGAAAAGGAGUCCUUGCAUGGGUUGUUCCUUGGAUGAUCCACUUAAUGUCCAAGAGAUUAUGGGGAAUGAAGUUAAGGAGAGCAUUGUUUUUAAUGGGGGACUUACGCCACAUAAAUACAAGGAAGCUGUUGCAGAUGAUGGUUCAGCAAUAACUGUCACUUCAUACAAAUCCACCAAAAAAACCCUAAACCUAAUAGACUCAUGCUGGCGCACAAACCCUAAAUGGGAUUCCAGCUGUCGCGCCCCAGCUGAUUGUGCAGUCGGCUUCGGUGCAACAGCCAUCGGAGGCAAGUAUGGUACCACGUACGUUGUCACUGACCCCUCCGCCGAUCCAAUCAACCCUAAACUUGGGUCCCUCCGAUACCGUGUGAUCCAAACAAGGCCACUUUGGAUCAUAUUUGCUAAGGAUAUGGUCAUAACCCUAAAAAAUGAACUCGUGAUGAACAGUUAUAAGACCAUAAAUGGGAGGGGAGUGAAGGUUGAGAUUGCUUAUGGGCCUUGUAUUACAAUACAAGGUGUUAGUAAUGUGAUUAUGCAUGGGUUUAGCAUUCAUGAUUGUAAGAGAGGAAAAUCGGGUACGGUGAGGAACAGUGAAUUUCAUGCUGGUCAUCGUCGUGGAUCAAAUGGCGAUGCCAUUGUUGUAUUUGCUUCUUCUCAUAUUUGGAUUGAUCAUUGCUAUCUUGCAAGGUGCUUUGAUGGUCUCAUUGAUAUGAUCCAUAGUUCCACUGCUAUUACUAUCUUUAACAACUACUUCACCCAACAUAAUAAGGUUAUGUUAUUUGGACAUAAUGAUUACAAUACAGAAGACAAGAAUAUGAGAAUUACAGUAGCGUUCAACCAUUUUGGAAGUGAUCUAAUUCAAAGGAUGCCAAGGGUAAGGCUAGGGUAUGCCCAUGUUGCCAAGAACAAGUAUGAUGAAUGGCAGAUGUAUGCAACUGGUGGAAGUGCUAAUCCUACCAUUUUUAGUGAAGGGAACUACUUCAUGGCUCCUAACAAUCCUAAUAACAAACAGGAUGAAGCUGCUUCUCCUUCCUCUGGUGCCACUGGCUGGGGUGCCUGGUCAACACCUGCAGAGAACUUUCUUGAAGAAUAUGAUGCCUUCAAGAACAAGGACUCAGCAUACUGGGAUGAUUUAGAUAUGGACGAGAUGGAGCAAGGUUUCACUCCUCAUCCUCCUUCUUCUUUUAACUCCUUGAUAAUGGCUUCUUCUCCUCUAAAAGUACCAGUCGUUGAGCAUGUGAGCCUAUCUGUGGCUUUGAGGAGACUUAUUAAUGAGAAAUGUGACAAAUACAGAGCCCGUGAAUGGUGUGCUGUCGAUGGACGAAUCCUCAUUCCCCAUCACCAUGCUCAAGGAGAAUAUGUACUUGGAUCCAUUUUCAGGGAAGCCCCUACUCAGCUCCCUGCCUUAUACCUACGUCUAGAAAAUCAUUGCCUUCUUUACGAGGGUGGCCUUGACUAG